AUGGGAGUUUGCACCCAGACCAACCCAGAUGACUUUAUCCCUGUAAAUGCCACCUACUUCACUGGUUACUUUAUGGCCAUCACACGCUUGGCAGGAUUUUCUCUGAAAAGGCAGUGUUACAUUAAAAAGCCUGCAGAGACAGGCUAUGCACACCAGAACAACUAUAUUAAGCCUUUAAGGACACAUUGCAGAGGAGGCCAGGUGGGGAGCAGACAGUAAAAGGUCUGUAGGGCUUCGCUUCCACCAACUUUAGAACUGGAUAUUGGGUAACACAUUGACAGUUACAAUCCAUAUUAAUCUACAUAUUGCCUAGGCUUGUGAUGGAUUCUAUAAUGUCAUUUAAACAUUGUUCCACAAUCUGACUGAUUAAUGACUUGUUAAGCUUGUGACAAUAGAAUUGUCCCAACCCCUUCACAGGCGUUCCCUGUCUAUCCGUAACUAGAGGUCACAGAACGAGCUCUGGGAACAUUCUAUCUCCCGUACUACUUGAUGUUUCAUGUUUUCUUCUCAGCAACUGAAAUGGGAAUCUUCAUCCAAACUGUCGCUUUGUGCUGUCUGAUGCUGGGUGUCUCUGUAACAGGUGAUAAACAAUAUACAGAUUAUCUAUUGGAUGUCAGAAGAAAUAUGGAGUUUUACAAGUUACAAAAAAUAUUUUAUAGCAUUGACCAUCACUAACUGUCAGACUGAUUUUCCUUGUUUUGUUAACUUAUGUGAUUGGGAUUUUAUAUCGGAAGUGUUUUAGAAUGUAUCCCAUUGCUGGAGGGUGUAAAUAUCUGAUGUAUACAAGAGUUUAUGCAUUAAUCACUGAACUGCAGUGUAGUGAAUUGUAAAAUUUCUAAAUUAAGGGCAAAAAUAUAUAUCUUAGUUUCUUCACAGCUUGAAAUUUCAGACUACAUUUUACAAUUCACUAUAAUCCAAUGUUUGGUGAAUAAUCCCCUGCAGUGCAAGGAAUUGACAUAGGUACCAACAGUCCCAAAUUUGCUGCGACAGUCCCGCAUUUUGGGGUUCUCUUUCAGCAAAAAUUGGUCUCUGUCACCUGUCCCUCAUUUUAAAAUUUGCCGGCAGAUUACUAAAUGCGUGAGGGGACUGAGCACUUGCACCAUGCACAGAGCACUUUAACAUGGUCUGUGGGAGGAGGUAUACUGCCUGGCAUCCCGCUUAGGUCUCCCAUCCCAUUGACGGGCAGACCUAUACCUUGCACAGUGCCACAGGUGGACAGGGGACAUUGGCAGGUGUGACUUUAGUGACUGAGAGCAUAAUCUAGGUUUGCAGUGAGAUAAACUGAUAUUACAUCACACCAAGUGCAGGUACCAGGAUUGUUAUCAGUAAGUCAAUCUGCACCUCUGCAUUUAGCCUAAACAUCCCAGCGUUACAUGUGACAUUAAAUCAUUCCCACAAUGGAUUUCUCCUUAAAUAGACACUAAUUGUACCAGAAUAUUCACUGAGUAAGAUUAUCCUCAAUAAUGGGUCACAUGUGCUGUAAAUCCAGCCCUGAGUGAACUAAGAACUUUGGAACAGUGCAAUCUACACAUCAUUCCCUGUUCAUACACUCUGGGAUCCAACAUUCUAACCUGUGUCUGGUCUCUAGAGAUGACAGUAAUUUCUAAAACUACCCCCAAUGAGAAUAUCAAGCAUUAAAUAAUAUAUCUUCACAAGUAGGGUGAGGCACCGAGAAAGCCUCUGGCAUAACAAGGAGUUACUGCUUGAUCUAUAGGGCAAGGGUUACAAACAAUACAUCAUGGGGUAAGGAGGGUCAUGCGUAACUGGCCUGGUUCAGAGAAAGACCUAACCUAAGCACACCAGGCCAAAGACCCUAAGACCUUAACAGAUUAGGGGCAGAUUAGUCUAUGCAGCACUAAAGUUAUUUGGGCAGGCCUCCGAACCAUCCCGAUUUCUCAGUCCAGCUUUUCAGGUCCUGUCCCACCGUCCUGUUGGGACACCAGGGAACUGUUCCUAAAGAGUGUAGUGUGAGUACAUCAUUAGAGGCGCUCACUCUGUACUCAGGGAAUGAGGACUCUAGCACUGAAACAGUGCUCCCUGUGUGGUCUUUGCUCAGCGGGUUGGGACGGCUUGAUUGGCAGGCAGCCUGAUAUGCAUUCACACCGGGCUAACCUGCCAGUAAUUUGGGGAGACUCAAACCUUCCCAGGCAGGUCUGUCCCCUUUGGACAUGAUCACUGCACGGGCUUUGCCCCUUCACCCCUCCCUAUGUUGGGGUGGGGGGUGAUUCUGCAGUUUGUGUUGUACCUGGGGAGGAUAUCGGUGCCUGUCUGGACACAUGCUAUGACAGUGGCAAUCACAUUUCAGGGGAGCAGCGGAUCACAAAAUAACCAUCAGGCAGCUAGGACCUAAUGCAAUGUAUAGGCCUGGAACUUCAGCUGCAAGCAGACCCUGGUCCAUGGGGCAAAGUAGAACAGUCACCAUGGAAACCACUGGAAUAUUCAUAAACAUAGAUACUGGUUGCUUCUGUUAGAACGUUUAGAUGUAUUUGGCAAAUAUGUCUGUUUUUCCAACAGGGGUGUCUAUGUUUCAAGCUCCAUUUAACAGUGAACUAUGGUGCCUACAAUGCUCUGUCAGCAAAAUGAUAAAAUCGGGCAGUCAUUCAGGCCUGUGAUAAAAUAUAAAGAAGAUAAGAAUGAUUUAGUGUUUUUCAUAUGAGGAGUAAUCUAGGAUUGCUGGGACCUCUGUACAUUGUAUUGUACAAACGCACGAGCCAAAGUCUAAUUACUGUGAUAACCUGCAUUGGCCAAACCCUUUAAACAGUUUAUCAUACAUACAAAAUAUACCAAUAGCAGUCUGUUAGAUACAUCACAUACUACAAUAACAGUUUAUUAUAUAGACACGAUAUACCAAUAGCGGUUUAUAAUAAAUACCAGAUAUGCCAAUAGCAGUCUGUUAUAUACACCACAUAUUUCAAUAACAGUUUAUUAUAUAUGUGGCAAAGAUGCCUCUGCCACAAGUUCCUGUAGGAGCCUGCUGGGUAGCCUCCUGCCCAAGGACUAUAGGCCAUGUAACAGACAUGCUAAAAGACUGUGUUCGUGGGAUUUCCCUGUAUGGUUUGGGAACUGAACAAACCCACAAAGGUCCACCCGGAUGCUUGUUAAGUCCUAUUGACACCUUUUAAUGAUUCACACCUCAGUCGGCUGGGUGGCCGCCAUUCGAAUGCAUGAACACGUGGUGGCAGCCAUCUUGUUCGCACAAACACAGGCAGUGGUUAUCACGGCACUGCCGAGUACUCACUCGCUUCUAGGCUCCCAUGGGCUCCUCAUGGUGGAGCCGCGGCACUUUCCGCUCUCCAAGCCUCCUCUCCUGGGUCUGCGGUGGUUCCCUGACUUCCUUUUAUAGACCCUGCUUCCUCCACCUGUGGUGGCUGAUCGCAUCUCCCUAUUUAAACCCUACACGCCUCUCAGUCGGUGCUUGGUUAUUUUCCUUGCUCCUGUAUCCUAGCCUUUUGACCUGAUUCCUGAUCCUUGGACUCCUGGCUAAGGGGCUGAAAGUGCUAAUGGUGUCCCGGCGAUAGCUAGGAAGCGUGCUUGGCGGAGGUACCCAGUCGGGGUACCAGGCGGUCAGCCACAAUAUAUACCAAUAUCAGUUUAUCAUAUAUACAGCUGGACUUUGUGCUUAGUGUAUGAUUAAUAACUUAAUAAAGGGGAUAAUUAAAUGAGUAAACUUUUUAAUCUUGUUAUGACGCCCAUGAAACGUGUUAUUGUGUGAAAAUCUGAAGAAUACAAGAACCAACCACGUUCAUUCUACCGUAAUGUAACCGUAAUGUAACCUGUAAACUACUACAAUCACAUACAUAUAAGUAUGUUAACGCUAUAUAAAUAAAAUAUACAUACAUAGCCUGGGGCAGAGGAGGGGCAGUUGGAGCCUGGGGCAGAGGAGGGGCAGCUGGAGCCUGGGGCAGAGGAGGGACAGGGAGUACAUGGGGCAGAGGAGGGGCCGGGGGAGCCUGUGGCAGACAAGAAGCAGGAGGAGCCUGGUGCAGAGGAGAAACAGGGGGAGUCUGGGGCAGAGGAGGAGCUGCGGGAGCUGAGGAGGGGCAGGGAGAGCCUGGGGAAGAGGAGGGACAGGGAGAGCCUGGAGCAGAAGACUGGCAGGGAGAUCCUGGGGCAUAGGAGGGACAGGGAGAGCCUGGGGCAGAGGAUGGGCAGGGAGAUCCUGGGGCAGAGGAGGGACAGGGAGAGCCUGGGGCAGAGAACAACAUAUACAUUUGAAAUGACAGCAACUAUUUUAAGUACAAACAUUUUUCUAAUAUGAGUAGAACUAUUUAUGGAGAUGGACUACCAAGGGGUACACAAGUGAAAACAAAAUGUUGGGAACCACUGCCCUAGUCCAUUUCCUCUCAAGUCCUACUCUCUUUAGGAUCUAUUUUUUUCUAUAUUUUGCUUUUUCUUAGGGCAAGAAAAUGCUCAACCUGUAGUGGCUACAAAGUAUGGGAGACAAAGUGGGAAAUUGGUGACAGUAAGAGGUACAGAGCGUAGAGUACAUGUGUUUCUUGGGAUUCCUUUUGCUAAGCCUCCUGUUGGAGAAUUACGAUAUGUCCGUCCGCAACCCCCAGAACCUUGGAACUCCCUAAGAGAUGCAACUAAAGACCCUCCAAUGUAAGUAUUAAACAUAACAGUAUGGCAUUAAGGUAUGCAGAGCUUCUCCAAUUCAUAAAUAAUUAGAUUUAAAUAGCUGAUAUUUGUUUAGUCAAUUUUACAAAUACCAUUAUUCAACACCAGGGGGCGCCAAUUUACCUCAUACGUACGUGGUCAAAGCUGAGAAUCUACAGUAUUGCUUGACGUUUAAUGGUCAUAGCAUCUUCAUAUUCACCGCAUAUCGACACUCCUUCGCAGAGUACAGAGAUAUCAUACAAUAUGACUGGAUUUCGUACACUUACCAUUUUUGAGUUCCUCUGUUAGAAACAAGUAUGGAUUAUUCAUUAACAUUCAUAGGGUUAUUCAACACACUGUGAGAUAUUCACAGUCAGUGUAACAUACAUUUUAGGUCAAAAUAAUAAUAAUUAUUAAAAAAAAAAAUGGUUAUUAAACCGAAAACACGGCUGCCGUGGAGAAUAUUUUUUUUUAAAUAUUGGCUACUUUGUCCAAGAAUUUAAAAUUAAUAUUCUGAAUAUUUAUAGCAUUCUCUAAAUUCCGCAUACUCCUGUUCUGGAUUAUCAACAACAUUCUGGGGUCAUUCAAAAUUUGCAAAAUUUGUACAUUGUUCUCAAAUUUGGAUCCAGCAAAAUGGCUGAAAUCUUACUGUAAAUUAAAUUGUAGAGAUAGCUUAAUUCAUUCCACUUGUGACAGGUGUUUACAAAGUAAAGAAGAAACAGUGAAAAUGACUGAGGCCUUCAGAGCAGAGUGUACGGUUCCCCCACUUUCGGAGGACUGCUUGUAUCUAAAUAUCUACACUCCCGGAGAUCGAGACAAGGAUUCCAAGUUACCAGUGAGUACUGAUACAUUAUAGCAAGGUUGGAAUUCUGCCUGAUUUACUAAUAGGCGGGAGCAGAGGAGAGAAGAACACCUUGUGAGUAGGUACAUUUGACUUUUGUCCAUCUCCACUAUCUCCCACCAUCUCGCUAUGCCACAGCCAGACUGUUGGUGGCUGCAAUGUUCACCAGUCUAACGAUGUUUGUGCCACUGUUAGAAUAGAUCUCUCUUCCAACCACCAUGUAUCAUUAGUGUUUGCACUGUGACUCCUAUUACCUCCGUAAGACAUUGUGUGAUGAACACAACCAAGGCCCAUGUUUUUGGGCCAGUUUAGGCCAUUUAUCCUGUAUGCUAUGUACUUCACCACUAUAUCUCUUAUAUAUUAUAAGGUUACAUAAGACUGGUUUAUGAAAAAUGAAAAUAGGGAACAGGCUGCGCCAAAUAUUAAUGUUAACUAAACAAGUGUAUGAACACAAUAUAUCAAUGUAAAAUAGCUUAAGUAAUAAUAGCUUAUAUUUUGUAAAAUUUAUACAUCGUCUCUCAUCUCUAAACCAACACUAUACACUACAGUCCCGACACGCGUUUCACCAUUACGGCUCUUCCAGGGGACUUCCUGAGUUUAGAGCCGUAAUGGUGAAACCGCGUCUGGACUGUAGUGAAUUGUGUUGGUUUAGAGCCGUAAUGAUGAAACGCGCCUCGGGAAUUGCUACUUUGUUUCAUCUCUCCCUCCCUGGUUAAUUAGUGAGUGGACAAGUGUUACUUUUGUUACUUUAUUUUCCGUCUAUAUAUUUCUUCUGCACAUCGCAGCUUACAGUGCUAUUAUUUCCACUAAAUUACUGAGUUAUAGCAAACAGCUUUGGACUUAUCUUAUCUUUUUCAAAUUUUGUAUAAUAAUUUUUGUUUAAUAUUAUUUUAUUUAGAUUGUUUGUCAAUUUAAAUAUGAUAUUCUCCUAUUCCUUGUAGGAUUCUUUACCUACCAAAGACAUUGACUGGAUUCACUAUAUUGGUGUGCAAGUUUUUAAAAAAUAUUUGUGUGAGGGGCAAAUAAGGCCGUAUAGGAAGUUAAAGGGAAAUAAGUCGGUUGAGGUGUGCCGGAACCGACGUCUUGGUAGGCCUGUAAUGGGUGCCCUCUGCCCACCCAUGAGGUGUAAUGAAAGUAUAGAUAAAGGGAGUGGAGGGUGGGGACAUGCGAGUCGCUAAAAAACGUAGGAAAGGUAAGUAUGGGGGUUUAAAUAGGUACCAUGCCUCUUUUGUUUAUAGUGUAUUCCUCCUGGGGGAUACCCCCUCCCACCCCCACUAUUAGAGUAACUUGAUAAUCUCUCCCUAGAUGAUUUCUUUUGCUUAGUUAUUCUAGUAGAUAAACACAAAAAGAAAAAAAUCUUGUGCUAUAUUGUCUUAAAUAACAUAAACAAUAGCAUCAACAAUAGCAGAAUGGCUAAUGGAAAAGCACUCACAAACACAGACUGGUUAAAGUAAAACUCUUAAAUAUCGGACUCAGGGAGGAUCAGCCCCUGGUGUGCGUAGGAUCCUAUCGAUACACUUCCAGCCAUCAGGUAAAGUAUAUAAUAAGUAUUUAUUUAAAACAAACAGGUUAAAAAAACUUAUUCCAGCAUCAGUGUCCCAUAACAGCUCACCAGCCCCUUCUACAAUUGAGAGUGUGUCCGGCACGAGCCCAAACAGGAAGUAGACAGUGAUCACUGAUCGGAACGAGCAACCAAGCCUAAGAGAAGAAUGGGAAUGGGCAGUUGUUGUACAUACCGGACACGCUCUCAAUUGCAGAAGGGGCUGGUGAGCUGGUAUGGGACACUGAUGCUGAUGCUACAAUACAUUUUAAAAAAAAUCUUUUUGAUUUAAAUAAAUACGUAUAUACUUUACAUUCACUACGACUGAUACCUUUUUGAAUCUUAUUACCAGGAUUAUUUUGUCGGUUGCUGCAAUUUGUACUCUUUGGUUUAUUUUGCGCCAUCUUAUUUAUAUAUAUAUAUAUAUAAAUAUAUAUAUAUAUAUACACAUACAUGUUUAGAUGUUUUACAAUCUGUUCCCUGACUAAUCUAGGUUAUGGUAUUCAUUCACGGAGGAGGGUUAGUGAUUGGAGCAGCGACGAUGUACGAUGGGUCUGCGCUGAGUGCGUAUGAAAAUGUUGUGUUGGUGUCGAUCCAGUACAGACUGGGUUUACUGGGAUUCUUCAGGUACUGUACUGAACUGGGCAUGUAAUAUACUAUGAUCCCUAUCCCAAACCUGCACUUGUUUUCCUCUGAACCACCAUCAGCAAAAUGACCGUAUUCCACUGGAGAAGAAUUUAAAAAUGUAUAGAAUGUCCAAAAACUAAAACAAAACACACAGGCAGACAUUAUUUCUAAUCAUUCUUCUGGAGCUGAGAACUAAACUCCCCUUUCUAAUUCUUGUAUACCCAGUACCGAGGACUUGAAAAUACCUCCAAAUCUUGGAUUUUUGGAUCAAAUUGCUGCUCUUCAAUGGAUUCGCGAAAAUAUUAAGGAUUUCGGAGGGGACCCUCGAUCUGUUGCUAUAUUUGGGGAAUCUGCAGGAGGACUGAGUGUUUCUGCUCAUGUAAGUUUCACCUAAUCCAUUCUUUGACUAGUCUAUUAAUUAUCACCCAGGACAUAUUUGAAAACAAUGGGGGUAUAUGAUUAUUCAUUUCUUCCUUCCUGGUAAUAUGUUUUCAAAGCAAGUCACCCUCUUUCGCAUAAUUUCAGCCCACCGGUAUGUCCCCUCGAGUGAUAUAAUGUGUAUAUGUAAUGCAUGUUUAUUUUAAAGUUAAUAAAUGCGUUUGCAUUUGUGUUUUUUAAAAUCACCUUCUGUGCCCCCUCCUGUUUUUUCUAAUUAUUUCUUUUUUGCCUAUUUGCAUACAUUUUAGGUGUUAUCGCCCUUAUCUAAGGGAUUGUUCCACAGAGCCAUUGCCGAGAGUGGAACAGCAAUAAUGCCUGGACUUAUAGCCACCCAACCUAAACGGAUGGCUGCAGUAAAUCGCGUAAGCAUCACGUAAAGUGUAUGUACAUACUGGAGGCUACAGUCUAUUGCUAUACGAAUCAAAAAUUACAUUACUAAACUAGGCUGUUAUUAGGGGUAUAUUGGAUCUGUAAAUACUUUUAAAAAAUAAUAAUUCUCUGCAUAUUAAGCAGUUGGAUUUGAUUGUAUUUUUUUUAACCAAAAUUGGUGCAUUUUUUUUGGCAGCUCAUUGCCAAUAUAUCUGGCUGUGAUUUGGCAGAGGUGGCGGACUGCUUGAAGUUGAAAACGGAAGAAGAACUUCUUUCAAUCAUUUCAGAGAUGGUAUGGAAUUUGUUGGGGAAACUUUUUACCUGUGGUCAGCGUGUAGCCACAACUGCUUAUGUAUAAAUUGGGAUUAGGUGUGAUAUUUCCGGUGACCUCCAGGGACCUGGAAUGAGGUCAAGGUCAGGUAAAGCAGAAUUGUGCAAUGUCAGAGCUGGUCCAGUUUGCUACAUUCGAUAUAAUGAAGGAGCUGUUAGUAGGAGGGUUGAGCACAAAAUAUUGUAACUGGUUAGACCAGGCUUCCCCAAACUCCACCCCUCCAGAUGUUGCUGAACUACAACUCCCAUGAUUCUCAGCCUAUCUAUUCCAUUCAUAGAAUUGUGGGAGUUGUAGUUCGGCAACAUCCAGAGUUUGGAGAAGGCUGGGUUAGACCAAGGAAAGAAUCAGGAAAAAAGGACAGACUUGGUGCCAAUCUCAAUGAAGGGCUUUAAAAAGCAGUCACUAGACAAACAACAGCUGGUUAUAUAAGAGUAGAUAACAAGGGCAGAAAACAGAGAAAGCCAGAACAGGUUACAGUGUCAGCCCCUAGUAAUGUAUAUCCGACAAACACUGUAAGAAAUAAUUUUGUCUCUGCACAGAAGUUUAUACCUUUACCUGGGUGUGUUGAUGGCGAGUUCUUUCCCAAACCCGCAGAAGAGAUCUUGGCCAAUAAAGAGAUGAAUGAUGUUCCGUUAAUGAUUGGUGUCAAUGACCAUGAGUGCGGUUGGCUCCUUCCAUCGGUAAGAUCUUUUCCCAGAGUCCUUCUACUAAACUAUUUUAUCAUUUCAUCCACAUUCCCCUCAUAUGUUUAGAGUUCAUUAAGAAACCAUAGCUUCCAGAACACAUAGGUUUUAUAACAAUAACAUUAGCAUUAAAUUAUAUUAUUAAGAAGACAAUACAUGUUUUAUUCUUGAAUAUCAUUUGGCAGAAAUGUUCCACUGAGACAUUUAGAUGUGUUUAAUUAAAAUUAUUAUUAUUUUACCAGUCCUUGAACAUGAGUGGACUAACAGAAGGAAUGGAUAAGGAAAUGGUCCGAUCUACCCUGAAUUCUUUCCAUUUCUUGGUAAGACCCAUGUACAGUUUAUAUCUGAAUAUCAUGUGCCAGAAGGAUGAAUUUUCACAAAAACCAUAGUAGCAGGCGUUUAGAUGGUAUAUAAUAACAGUGGGAAGGCAGAGAGCAAUAUAGUAUAAAUAUGGAACCUGUCAGACUGUGUGCGUGUAUUAUUAUCAAACUCACAUAUUUUAGAGCCAUUCUGUGCCCAGAAUAGCACACCUCACCUCAAUCUCUAUUUCAGGGAUGUAUUCUCUCUGUUUCUAUAAGGAUAGGUAACCCAACACGCAGAAUAAGGACACACAAGUACAGGAAAAAUAGUAGAUUGUAGUAUGUAUUACUGGACCUUAGAGUGGCAUGGCUUAACAUGGAAAGAACAUGAGAUAGAGGUGUCAAAUAACAGACCAGGUUCAAGAGCAGUGGAGAUAUAUUAAGUCAGUAAUUAAGCAAAGGUCAGGGUCACAGGGAACAGAGUAGGAGAGACAAGCCAAGAUCAAUAACCAGGAAUCAGAGUAUAGAAAAAAAACGUGUUCUCAGAUAACCAAACUGGAAACCACAAUGGGGCAUUUAGCAGAUGUAAAGCUCAUGUAUUCAUAGGCCUGGGGGCGUUUCCUUGGUAGCCAUGCCCCAAAAUGUGAGUAGGCAUCUAUAAUGUAGUGAUUAUGUCACAAUGUGGGUGUGGCUUAAUGGGCAACAAAAGGGGUGGGGCUACAGCAUCUGGCGCCAGAAACGCUAACAAAGGUGUCUUAGGGUGUGAAACUGAAUUGGUGUCCACUUGGGGUUUGCAGGGGCACCAGGUAAGGGAUGUAGCACAAAGAUAUGUAUCCUAACAGUUUGUGAAAUUAAACAAAGAUCUAUCUCUCUAUCUAUUUAUCAUUUCAUAUAUUGUAGAAAGAAAAAUGAAAAACCUCAGAAAAAGAGAGUGCUCCACAGGAGAAGUGUCAGCAUUUUUAGUAGAAUUUCUACUAACCUGCUUAUUUUAUUUUUUAGGGGAUCUCAUCUGAUGAAACUCGUUUGUUGAUGGAAGAGAAAUUUGGAACAGAUGACCGUUUUGAACUCCGAAACCAGUUAUGGCAUCUGUGCGGUGAUUUGAUGUUUGCUAUACCUGCUCUUAAAACUGCAAAGUAUCACCGGGGUAAGUGACAUAAACAGAGAUUUACGUGUGCACAUAGAACAAGUAACAAGGGGUUCAUGUUCUACUGCUGAGAAAGACAUGUUUUACUAAGCUCAUACAUCGUAGACAUAAUUUGACAAUACUUGUCUAUUUUUCUUUGUGCUUCUCAUUUGUAUGUCUGUCCUAAAAGACAUAGGCACAUGCAAGGAUUGUGCCAGUUAAUCCAGGUACACAUAAAAUGCAUGGUUCAAUUGUCCACACUGCCCAGAUAUAAAUCCUUGCCUGGAGCUAUUUCUCAAUUCCAUAUAGCUCAUUGUUCAGCUCUUAAUUAAACAUUGUUUGUUUAAGUUUUAUCCUAUUUGUAGAAUCAAAUUGACUUUCCAAUCUUGUAGAUUCCGGGAAUCCUGUUUACUUCUAUGAAUUUCAGCAUCGCCCUUCCAACUUCAAGGAUACAAAGCCAGAUUUUGUCAGGGCAGAUCAUGGAGAUGAAAUUCUGUCUGUUUUUGGAGCCCCGUUCUUAAACGGAGAUGUCGUUUUCAAAGGUAAGUCACCCAAUAGUAAAUAAUGGGAAUUUCUUCUAUUGACUAGAUUUUAUACUUCUCUUUAUGUGUUUUUCAGUUUGAAUAAUGAAAAUAUAUCACUUUGCUUCCAAGACAUAGCUACAGAUGAAGAAAUUGCCCUCAGUAAAACCGUGAUGAAAUACUGGGCCAACUUUGCUCGAACUGGGUGAGAUAUCAGUAUCUUUUGCUUUGAUUGUGACCUGAUAUACACACCUAAUAUAUCAUCAACGGGUACUUGGCACUGCUGGAAAUAGUGGACUUAGGGUAGUGAUGGCGCAGCUGGCGUUAGGAACUGUUUGAGGUGGCCCAAGCCCAUGAGCAUGUGGUCAAAUUUGCCUUCUUCCUUCUACUAUUAGAAGUGAACCGAUUUUAUUGUUCGUUGGGGCUACUGAUUUUAUAACUUAAUUAGGUGUGGGCAUCUCUUGGUAAAGCUUCUCAGACAGUAAUGAAGAUAAUAAUAAAUAAUAAUAAUUAUAAUAAUAAUUAAUGGACAUUUACUAAUUAUUGAUAACUUGAUCUCUUCAUCCACAGUGAUCCCAAUGGACCUGGUUUGGUCAAAUGGCCACAAUACGGUGAAGAUGAAAAUUACCUGGAAAUUAACGUGAAACAGAAAGCGAGUAACCAUCUGAAGCAAGAAGCUCUUGAUUUCUGGACCAAGACUGUACCAGAACGAAUGAGAAAUCUGUCAGAGGAAAAUGAAGACCACGAGGAGUUGUAA